UGAGAUAGAAAGAGAGAGAGAGAUCACUGAUAUGAGGAGAUAGGAGACAAAAGUGGCUCGAAUUGAAAAGAACAACAAUGAUAGAUCAGAUCUCAGUGGACUUCACAACAAUGGCCAGACUGACAGAGAAGAAAAUCAACUGUUCUGAAUUGGAUCAUUUAAGAAUGCUCGAAGGUGCAGAAUCAGCCUCCAGGGAUACAAUGCUGUGAAGGCCCCGAUCACCAAGGCUGCACACAGCCAAAUCAAAGCCAGUGAGCUACAGCACAGGGUGAAAGCCGUGCCGGUAUUCACACAAUCGGAAACAAAAAGACAUCAUGAGAACAUCCAGGAAAGGUAGCGUGGAAAUGCCUGCUUUCGUUCGGCAGCUGGUGAAGGAGACCGAAAAAAGGGUCACCUCGUUUUUUAAAGGAGGACGGGGGGGAGGUACAGGGGAGCUGGCCGAAGGAGAGGAGGUGGGAGAGGAGGAAGGGGUCAUCCCUAGCCCCUACCUGGACAGACCGGUUAUGGAUAAGCAUAUGCAGGAGGGAUGUGCCUCCUGGGGACUUACCUAUGCCCUGGCAAGCAUGCAGGGUUGGAGAGCCCACAUGGAGGAUUUUCAUAACUGCUUCCCUCAACUGGGGGGUGAACUUUCCCAUUGGGGCUUUUUCGCCGUGUAUGAUGGGCACGCUGGCAGCAUGGUGGCCCAACACUGCUCUCGAAAUCUGCUGGAGCACAUCCUAGGAACAGGCAAGAUCCGAGCAGAAGAAGACAUAGAAAGGGUCACUGAGGGCAUCAAGGAGGGUUUUUUCCUCAUGGACAAGCACCUUCAUGCCAUGGCCUGCCGCGAGGGUUGGGAACGAGGAGGUACCACUGUGGUCGCCACAGCUAUCACGCCACACCACAUCUACUUUGUUAACUGCGGGGACUCUCGGGCUGUCUUGUGCCGCGCGGGACGGGUGGUGUUCUCAACAGAGGACCACAAGCCCUUCAGCCCUGGAGAGAGAGAGAGAAUAGAGAACGCAGGUGGAUCGGUCACUUUACAACGUGUGAACGGCUCGCUGGCUGUCUCUCGAGCUUUGGGAGAUUUCAGUUACAAGACAGCGGAGUGGCGGCCUGUCACCGAACAGAUGGUAUCGCCUGAACCAGAAGUGACUGCUGUGGAGCGUUCGCCGGCAGAUGAGUUUCUGGUUCUGGCUUGUGAUGGUGUAUGGGACACUGUUACUAAUGAAGAGCUGUGUGCCUUUGUACACAGUCGACUGCGUGUCUGCACAGACCUUAGAGAGGUCUGUUCUCAGGUCAUUGACCUUUGCCUUUAUAAGGGGAGCCUUGAUAACAUCAGCAUCAUUCUGGUUUGUUUCCCUGGCGCCCCCCAGCUGUCACCAGAGGCAUUACAUCAGGAAGCUGAGCUGGAGGACUUUCUAGAGUCCAAAGUAGCUGAGAUAUUUGAAGAGUUGAGUGCAAGAGGUGAUGAGCCUGAUCUCCUGACAGUUUUGACAGUUCUGGCAUCAACAGUAAUACCAGGACUACCACCAGGGGGUGGACUUCAGAGCAAAAGAAACUGUAUCAUUUCAGCCUAUUAUCAACAGAAAGAAGCGCGACGAUCUAGAUUAGCACAGGUAAGAUUCUGAGCUCAGUCCUUCAGAUGCCAAUUAAAUCACUUUUAUAAACACAAGUAAGGAGUUUGGAGAUUAAAUCCUGUUAUCAGGUUUCUUUGUUUUGAAGUCAUUAACAAUGUAAAAGAUAAAAAAUUUUGGACAGCAAAGAACAAAAAUAUGUUUUUUAUUUAUUUUUUUCCUUUUUUUUUUGUAUGUUUCCUAAAUGACAAAACUUACAAAAAGAAAUGCUGUGCCAUAACCUAGGACAAUAAUGACUUUAUAUAUCUUUGACUCUUUAGAUUGUGAUACGUAUUUUCCUUACCAGAUGUAUUAAAUCAAUCUUAAAAAUCAAAGUAACUCAGGAAAUGUGUUAAAACAAAAAGGAAUAAGGUGUUUACAUUUUUACAAACGAAUAGGCUAUCACAAUAUGACUGGCUUUGAGGAAGAGUAAAUAACUGCUUAGGACUUUAACAAAUUUAGCUAAAAACAAAAACUUUUGAGUAUACAUUCCCACAAUAUGGAGUGCAACUUUUCCUAUUCUUUAAAUGUUGUUUCCUGUAAUACGCUUUUUGCAUGGUCUGUACUGUGUUGCCUUACUGACCUCUUGGAAAUGAUGCCAAUAGCCUAUAUAAGCAGUAUUAAUAUUUCCUAAUGACUAUAAUGAACUGAUGCUUUGCUGUAUGAUGUUGUGUAAUCUUUGUGCACAUUUUACAGAUAUUGUACUGUACAGUGCUAUCAUAAAGGUCAAAUGUUGAGUAAUAAUGAUAAUAAACAGAUC